AUGAGCCUUAAUCCAGCUAAGGUUGCGCCAGAGGCGGUGCCCGGGCGGGAGGCGGGGCAGGAACCGGGGCCGAGAGCGCAGGGGCCGGAGGCGGGGCCGGGACCGGACUCGGAGAGCCGGCCGCAGCCGGCGGCAGGGCCCGGCUCGGAGUCUUUCCCGGCCGCAGAGCCCGAGCCGGAGCCGCUCUCGGCGUCGGGUCCGGGACAGGAGCCCGAGCUGGGCUGGGCUGCGGGGCAGCGCGCAGGGGCCCCGCCGGAGUCGCAGCCUCUGCCGGCGUCGGAGUCUGAGAACGGAGUGUCCGAGAGGCCCCGCUGCCACACCGACUGCCUGGAGGCGCCGCUCUCCCGGGCCUUCCGGCGGCUGGGAUGGGAGGUGGGCUCGCACCCUUGGAUCUUCCUGCUGCUGCCCAUGGUUUUAACGGCCGUCCUCGGCACUGGCCUGAUUUACCUGCCCAAGGAAGAAGAAGAAGACCUCGAGGAGCAGUACACCCCGAUAGGGAGCCCCGCCAAGGCUGAGCGACGCUUCGUGCAGGGACAUUUCACCGCCAACGACUCUAAUCUCUUCUCCAUCUCCAGGAAGAGCACCGAGGUCAAUUAUGCUUCCAUUCUAGUGGUCUCCAACACCAACUCGCUGCUGGAACAAGAAACCUUAUCAGAAAUUAGUGAAGUGGACGACGCGGUCCAGGCUUUGUCUGUGACACAGGGAAACGGAACCCAGAUCCUCUACAAUGAGGUGUGCUCGAAGAACCAGGGCUACUGUGUACCCUCCAACCCACUCUUGUUCGCCUGGAAAACGAACAAUUUCCUCAACCUGAAAAACAUCACCUUCCCCAUCUACAGCCUAGCCGGCCAGGUCGUGUACCUGGCCAACAACCUUGGAGGAACUGUGUUAGGCGAGAGCAUGGGACUGAGCCAGUUACUCCUGGAGGCCAAAGCCAUGCGGCUGCAGUACUACCUGAAGACCGGCGAAGGCGAGGACAGCGAACGUAGCAAGGCGUGGCUGAUCCACUUCCUGAACCAAGUUGGCAACCUUGAAAAGAGUCUGGCCUUGAAGAAGAUCCAGGUGGUCUACUUUACAUCACUUUCUAGACAACUGGAAUUUGAGGCAACUUCUAUGACAGUGAUUCCCUUGUUUCACUUGGCAUACCUUCUAAUCAUAUUAUUUGCAAUCACAUCAUGCUACAGGUGUGACUGUAUACGAAACAAAAUGUGGGUUGCAGCCUUUGGAGUGAUUUCUGCUGCCUUGGCAGUGGUGAGCAGCUUUGGCCUGAUGUUGUACAUUGGGGUGCCAUUUGUGAUCAUAGUUGCAAAUUCACCAUUUCUUAUUCUAGGCGUUGGGGUCGAUGACAUGUUUAUCAUGAUUUCUGCCUGGCAGAAGACCAACCUCAUGGAUAGCAUAAAAGAGCGGAUGUCCAAUGUCUAUUCAAAAGUGGCAGUGUCCAUUACAAUCACCACCGUCACCAACAUCCUGGCCUUCUACACAGGAAUUAUGACCUCUUUCAGGUCCGUACAAUACUUCUGCAUCUAUACAGGAACAACCCUGCUCUUUUGUUAUUUUUAUAACAUCACCUGUUUUGGAGCAUUUAUGGCCCUGGAUGGUAAAAGAGAAGUAGUCUGUCUACGCUGGUUGAAGAAACCAGAAACUCCUGACCAAAAAUGUUCCUCAUUAAAAAAGCCCUGCUGCCUCCCAUGUAAUUCUCUCCGAGACAAACAUAAAGCUGAUAUCCACCCAAUGAAUUUGUUCUUUAGAGACUAUUUUGGUCCUUUUCUCACAAGCACUGAGUCCAAGUUUUUUGUAGUGCUUAUAUACAUUUUGUACAUCAUAAGUAGUAUAUAUGGGUGUUUCCAAGUGCAGGAAGGUUUAGACCUCCGAAAUUUGGCAAGUGACGACUCCUACAUCACACCGUAUUUUAAUGUAGAAGAAGAACAUUUUUCAAGUUAUGGUCCCAGGGUUAUGGUUAUUGUUACUGAAGCUCUUGACUAUUGGGAUGGAGAUGCUAGGCAAAAAUUGGAAAAAUGUCUUGUAGAUUUUGAAAACAGUGACUAUGUAGAUAAAAAUCUUACAGAGUUUUGGUUACGAGAAUAUGUGAAAUAUAUGGAAAACCACCAUCACGAUGUAAAUGAUAAGAUAACUUUUCUAAAAAAUAUUCCCAAUUUUGUAAUAGAUUCUCCACUUUUUAUGUAUGAUAUUAACAUUACAUCAUCACAGGAAAUCAUUUGUUCCCGGGCCUUCAUUCAGACCACGGGUGUUUCUUCUUCAACCAGUAAGAAGCUGAUGUUACUCCAGUUCCGAGACAUGGCCGAAAAGUGUGAAAUUCCCCUAAUGGUGUAUAACCAGGCGUUCAUAUAUUUUGAUCAGUAUUCUGCAAUAUUAGAAAACACUGUUCGAAAUGUAAUUGUUGCCUCAACAGCUAUGUUCAUUGUUUCCUUACUGUUAAUCCCUCACCCGCUGUGUUCUUUGUGGGUAACUUUUGCUAUCGCUUCUGUGAUUGUGGGAGUAACGGGUUUCAUGGCAUUCUGGAACGUCAAUCUUGAUUCCAUAUCCAUGAUUAAUCUUGUCAUUUGUAUAGGGUUUUCUUUUGAUUUUUCUGCGCACAUUUCCUAUGCAUUUGUUUCCAGUUCAAAGCCCUCAGUAAACCAAAAAACCAUCGAGGCAUUGUAUCUGCUAGGCUACCCUGUGUUGCAAAGUGCAAUUUCAACAAUAAUAGGGGUGUGUGUCUUAUCUGCAGCUAAAGCAUACAUCUUCAGGACAUUUUUUAAGAUUAUGUUUCUUGUUAUGGUAUUUGGAGUUGCUCAUGGCCUAAUUUUUAUUCCGGUAUUCUUAACCUUUUUCUGAAAGUUUGUUUGACUAGCCACUAACCAAUCAAAGACCAAUUAUAGAAUUCCUGAUUGCCCCAAUCCAAUCUGAUAAAAAUGCGCUAUUAAGAAUAGUCAAUAAACUAAAAACAAAGGCAUGUUUCCUUGGUGUGGAAAUCCCAUUUUAAAAUGUUAUUUAAAAUAUCCUGAGAAAAAUUAAUUAGUCUUACAUUAAAAUAUCUUUACUAAAUUAGGAAGUGUUGUCAUCUUUAUUAUGGUCUAUACA